AUGGAUAGUCUCUUUUUGAAGGCAGGGAUUCAUGGGGUGACUUCAGCGAUCCCGGUCGCCGGGGGAGCUUUAGACGUCCGUACAACUUCAGCCCACCUUAGCGCCGCGGUGGGACAUUCUGCGACGCCGGCUGCCAAUGCGAUUUCGGUUGACAAACCUUCUGUGUCGUUGUCGACGCCGCCUCAAAGAACUGCGCCUUGGGGGUUUUCUUUUAGGUACCCACUCAGAUCUCUGUGGCCUGGAGGUCGAAACAGGUACGAUGCCAUUGCGCUGGAUGACGCUGUCCUGGUUGAUGAAAAGGAAGAGAAAAAAGAAGGGGUUAUUGAAGGUGAGAGUGGGAAUGAUGGACAGAAUGGGAAUUGGGUGUCGAAGAUUCUUCAUGUGAGGGCUUUGUGGAAGGACGAAGGGCAAAGUGGCGGUGAAGGAUUGGGGGAAAAAGAGGAAGAAACCGGCGUGGUGAAUGAUAAUGAAAAUGAUCUGGGCAGCAGCGAAUGUUAUGGUGGUGGUGGUGAUGAAGAAUGUAAUGUAUGUACAGUUGAUGAUGACGACAAGAUUGAAUUCAAUAGGGGUUCGUUUUCAAAGCUGCUUCGCAGGGUGUCGUUGGCAGAAGCAAGGUUGUAUGCUCAGAUGUCGUAUUUAGGGAACUUGGCUUAUUCCAUUCCCCAAAUCAAGCCAGGAAAUCUCCUGAAAUAUCACGGACUGCGAUUCAUUACUUCGUCAUUGGAAAAGAAACAACAAGUGCUAAAGGCUGAAAAAGAGAAGGCAGAAGCCGAUGUUCAGGAAGCAGAAGGAAGCCCAAAGGAGCCUGCGGACAGGAAGGAGGGGAAGACUACUAGUGGGAAUAGGGUAAGUGUCACCACUGCUUAUCAGAUUGCCGCCUCUGCUGCUUCGUAUCUGCAUGCUCAUACAACAAGCGUCCUUCCCUUUACAUCCUUCAAACCCAAGUCAAUUAAAGAUCCGCCUGAAGGAGAAAGUGGAACCAAUGAUAAUGUUUGUAUGAUGGACGCAAAGGUGGCCUCCUUAAUGGCAACCACUGACUCAGUGACAGCAGUGGUCGCUGCAAAGGAGGAAGUGAAGCAGGCUGUUGCAGAUGAUUUGAAUUCAACACGUUCAUCACCCUGUGAGUGGUUCGUUUGCGAUGAUGAUCAAAGUGGCACAAGAUUCUUUGUCAUUCAGGGAUCGGAGUCACUGGCAUCGUGGCAAGCCAAUCUACUCUUUGAGCCCGUUCAGUUUGAGGGACUGGAUGUGAUUGUGCAUAGAGGUAUAUAUGAGGCUGCAAAGGGGAUAUAUGAGCAGAUGCUGCCUGAAGUCCGUGCGCAUCUAAGAUUUCAUGGUGAUCGCGCCAUGUUCCGUUUUACGGGGCACUCUCUCGGCGGGGAUCGCCUGCUUCGUGAGCUUGGAUUGCCUCAAGGCCAUAUCAAGGCAGUCACAAUGCACCGAGACAUUGUACCUAGAGCCUUCUCUUGCCAUUACCCCAAUCAUGUUGCAGAGCUUCUUAAGGCAGUCAAUCGAAACUUUCGGGGUCAUCCAUGUCUCAAUAACCAGAGGCUGUUGUAUGCUCCAAUGGGGGAGUUUCUGAUUCUACAGCCAGAUGAGAAAUUGUCUCCCAACCAUGAUCUCCUUCCCUCCGGCAGUGGGCUAUAUCUAUUGAGAUGCCCAGUGUCAGACGCCAGUGAGGCAGAGAAGCAGGUGCGUGCUGCACAGGCUGUGUUCUUAAACUCACCGCAUCCACUUGAAAUCUUAAGUGACCGUUCGGCAUAUGGUUCCGGGGGAACCAUUCAAAGAGAUCACGACAUGAACUCUUACUGGAAAUCUGUUCGGAGUGUAGUCCGCCAGGAGCUCAUCCGUAGGAGGAAAGCUAGGAGAGAGCACCGUCGCAAAUUUUGGUGGCCUCUUGUAGCACGCAGCAUUGAUGCUGGUAACAGCAUUAUGGGGAGGUCUCCGGUAUCAGGGAACAUGGGCCAAGGUCAAUUCAACUUCUCGGGCGUGUUACAAACUGGCCGAGAAUCUUUGAACAGGUUUAGUAGGCUUGUUGCAUCGCAGCACAUGCAUUUGCUUGUGGUGCUCCUGUUUCCUGCACGGUUGUUGAUCGUUGGUGCAUAUAGCGUAAUCAAUUUCCGUUAA